CCCAACUCUAAACCUAGACCAGACUAGAACUAGAGCUUAGAGCUGAUUCAACUACCACCAAUAUUUCAUGUCACUGCUUCGCCGUCUCAGCUAUAGCUUAUUCAAGAGCUGUACAAACUGCACUACCACUGUUCAUCACACUCAAGCUAAUUUCAACCAAUUGGCUCUCCUCAGACUAUAUUCGUCGUCCUCAAGGCCAAGUCCUCAACCUUCAAACAAGUUUCAUGCGGCAGCCCUGGAGGUUUGUAGCAAUCAAGACACCACAAUGACUGUCGUUGCCACAAAAUUCACCCCGGAGGUGCUCCUCUCUGCCCCGCGAAGAUCAGUCGGGUCACCUAAUUGUAAGGGAGAAAAGGUCCUGUUUACGGUCUCUACCUAUUCAUUCAGUGACCACCGCAAGACCUCGAGUAUCCGGGUCUUGGACGUCAAGUCGGGGCAGUCGACUGUCUUGUUUGAGGACUCUACCUUUAGCGAGCCCACAUGGGUGAGCGAGCAUGAGUUCAUCUUUAUCAAGAGCGGCGACAAUGGCACGUCCACCCUCAUGCUCAGCAGCGUCAAGCACCCAAACAAGAGGCCCAAGGAGAUCUUCACCACCAGGGGCAGCAUCUCCAGCCUCAAGGUGAAGCCGCUCUCCAAAUCCGCCGUCUUGUUGGCGUGCGCCGCCCUGGCGACGCCCGACGGCAAGAUGUACAAUGCGGAAAAGGACGACGCCAAGGUGCAUCAUACUGGCAAGGUCUACACGGAGCUCUUUGUGCGUCACUGGGACUCUUACAUCACCAAGAACAAGAAUGCAAUCUGGUUUGGAAGGCUGAAGUGGAGCUCCCAACCUUCGGCUGAUGAUUUCAGCGCUUCCUUGACGCUGGAUGGUUCAGGCUUGACGAAUGUCCUAGCAGGAAGCGGGCUGGAAAGCCCCGUUCCCCCGUUUGGCGGAAGUGGUGACUUUGACCUCUCACCUCAUGGUAUUGCUUUCGUCGCCCGUGAUUUGGACGUAAACCCGGCAACCCACACCAAGUCCAGUGUCUACUUUGUCCCCGUGGACUUCAACUCCGCUCAAAGCCCCGCCCCCUCAUCCGCUCCCAAGGCUAUCCCAACCCCCGGCUUGCAGGGCUACAGUGCCGGACCUGCUUUCGGCCCAGAUGGCAAGUCGCUCGCCUUUACCCGCAUGCGGCACAUCCAAUACGAGAGCGACAAGCCACGCCUCAUGCUCGCCAAGGACGUCGUCGGUGACACGGGCGCCGACGCACAAGAGUUCUUUGCCACGGAGGAUGGGGAAGGCGGAUGGGACUUGCGGCCAGAGGGUCCUAUCUGGAGUGCCGACGGCAAGGAGCUUUACGUGGUUGCCGAGGACGCCGGCUACGGCAAGCUCUUCAAGUUCCCGUCGGAUCCGGAAAAGACAAAAAUGCAGAAGCUGGGCGGCGAUGGUGUCCCCGAGGCCCUCACCUUGACAGGUACCGUGGGCGACGUCAAGGUGUUGAAAAACGAGGACGGCAGCAGUCGACUCUUCGUCAGCUCAAGUUCCAUGGUCGACAGCUCCUACUUCAACUUCCUCGACCCCUCGACGUCAAAAUCAGAGCUCGUGUCGUCUCUAUCCAAGAACGGCAAGGUCUUUGGCCUCUCGCGCUCGCAGCUCGACGGGAUCUGGUUCAAGGGGGCGGGUGACUACCAAUGCCACGCGCAGGUGGUGCGCCCGUCCGACUUUGACAGCAGCAAACGCUACCCGCUCGCUUUCCUGAUCCACGGCGGUCCACAGGGAGCGUGGAACGACAACUGGAGCACCAGGUGGUCCCCGGCCAUCUUCGCAGAGCAGGGCUACGUGGUCGUGGCGCCGAAUCCGACGGGAUCCACGGGUUACGGAAUGGCCCUUCAGAACGGCAUCAAGAACGAAUGGGGAGGUCGGCCGUACAACGACCUCGUCAAGUGCUUUGAGUACAUAGCCAACAACAUGCCCUACGUCGACAUGGACCGCGCCGUGGCUCUAGGUGCCUCAUAUGGAGGCUUCAUGAUUAACUGGAUCCAGGGGCAUCCACUUGGACGCAAGUUCAAGGCCCUGGUCUGUCACGAUGGCGUCUUUAGCACACUGAACCAAUACGCCUCGGAGGAGCUCUUCUUCCCACUCCACGACUUUGGAGGCACGCUUUGGGAGAACCGUGAGGGGUACGAGAAAUGGGAUCCCGCCAAGUUCACAGGCGAAUGGGCAACACCGCAGCUCAUCAUUCACAACGAGCUCGACUAUCGCCUGACCAUCGGAGAGGGUCUGUCGGCUUUCAACGUCUUGCAGAGCAGAGGCGUGCCGAGCCGGUUUUUGAUGUUCCCUGACGAGAACCACUGGGUUCUCAAGCCGGAAAACUCCCUGCUCUGGCAUCAAGAAGUCCUGGGCUGGAUAAACAAGUACAGCGGUGUGGACGACUCCGGCUUGGCCGAAAAAGCUGCAGAUGUAAAGAUUUGAGGACUAUCACCCGGCUUGAUUAUUUUGGACAAUCCUGGGACUUGAAUUGUAUCAUUUUUAUUACAUAGCACACUCACAUCCCAGAGAUUUGGAUUCCGCUGAAUUGCAAAACGACUUAGUCUGGCCCUUACAUGGCCGCAAAGUCUAACCCCCUUAAACACCUUCAUUUGACCUUGUUGAGAUACAUACCCGGAACAUUCUUAAUUGUCCAUAGAUGCUCCCAAAUAUCUGACCAGUCAGUAUCCUGUCUAAAUACAGGCAACCCAUAUUUAUCUGGAGUUGCCAGAUCACAUAGCGCCUCGAUCAGUCGCUUUUUGUCCGCAGAGCUCAAGGGUUUCACGGAAAACUUGAGGAACUCAGUUAUGAAUUCGUGUUCGCUUUUCUCUUCGGGACAGUUCUCAUAAGCCCAUUGCGCCUCGCAGCAGACUUUGGCGAGACUCUUUUGUCGAAUAGGUUGUUUCCGUCGCUUUGAGUUAUACGGGUGGUUCAAUACUUUAUCAGUGUCUGAUGCUGCGGCGGUGCGCUUUUGUGCGCCAACAGUCUUGCUGGCGGUCCUGGUUCCACAACUCUUCCUCUCUGCCCCUUGACGAGACCUGCUCGAGGUAAUGGGAGAGGCUUUCGGCAGGGCGCUAACAACAAUAGCCAUGGCGGAUUCUUCCACAGAGGGUUGUGAGCGCGGGCGUAGAUUAUAAUGAGCUUUGAAUGUCGGCUUUUCCAGUGGUUGGGUAUCGGCUGUGUAUAUGUCUUCCAGCUCGGUCUCCGACCUUAACGGCUUAUCAUUGACCUCUUUUGACGCAGCUACAGGCUUUUCUUCUGAUUUUUUCUGUGCCUGGUCUUUUUGCGCCCGCAUUUCAUCCUUCAGCCUGUGCAACUCUUCGGAUAGCUCGAGCAAGGUCUUGUUCUGCCGUAUGAUAUUUUCUUCUGCCUCUCUCUGUCUAUCCUUGAUUCUUGUUUCCCACAACCCUUCGAGGUUCUGCUUGUCAACACAAGAGCAAACAGCUUCGUCAAGAUUCUUUAGCUCAUUCCCGGAAAUUUCGAGGCGCUCAUCAAUCCUAGCCACCUCGCUCGUCAAACGGUCGUCUCUCGCAUAGAUGGCAUCAGCCUUGUCCUGAACUUGAGCAAGCUUCUCGAUGUCGGCGGCGCAUUUUUGGGUGUGAGCCAGAGCUUCUUCAACCUGAGCAGUGUGCCAUUUUUGCUCAUCGUCCAACGUUUUGUCCAACUUGUCCAGGCGACUAUUCGUUCCCUCCUCCAGCUCAUCGAGCCUGCGCUUCUGCUUUUCCUGAGAGAGUCGCAAGUCCUGAAACAAGUAAAAUAUCAAAGCUGCAAUCGGCCGACUCCAUUGCGCUUUGACGUCAUCUUGCGGUGUUUCUUGCAGUGAUAUCGGCGGCGUUUCACAGUCAAUACGUGCGAAGUCGACAAGCCCAACGGUUGAGGAUGUGGGAAGUGUUUUUUUCGUCGUGGUAGACAUGCUGAGGCUUGCGUGUAUGAGGAUUGCUGGCGAAAGUUAAAUACACAUCGAGCCGUUCGUUUCGUCGGAGGUGAGUGAAAUCACGGCAAUGGCAAGGUCAAAGAUCAAAAAUAGACCUUUGAUGAGUAAAAGAAAAUACCGACUUCAAGUCAACGCAAUACUCAAACGCGGG